GAUUCUCUAUACCUUUUUAUUGAUGAAUUUCAAUACAUAUUCACAGACUCAACACUCUGUAAUGUGUCCAAGCAAUUCUUUCAAAGAAUUGCAAGUACCAAAUUAUAUUAUAUUGCUGUAGGUACUUUUAUCCUUGUGAAUUUGAUGACAAGUUCCCAAAACCUUAUAUUACCUUUCAGUAAAGCUAAAUUCGAAAAAAUGCUAUUAUUUAACACAAACGAAAUGGGUGGACUUUUCGAAUUAUAUAAGCUUGGUAUAAAUGUAAAUGGUGUACCAUAUGAUUUACAACUCGAGAUCGAAAGAGAGUCUUGUGAACAUCCAACAUCCUUCAUAAGUCUUUUAAGGCUUUUUAAUGAUAAGUUGCCAACAAUUGGACAGUGA